AAACCUCAGUGCAUUAUGGGCCUCUAUGCCAUGUUGCUGAGUCAGCGGUGUGUACAAUGGGGCCACAGGUAUAAAAAGAAAGGUUUUAAACCAGUAGGAUAUCAGUUCCAGAGCAGCAGCAGCAGCAGCAACAGCAGGACCCCCAUGAAGCAAGCCAAAAUGCCCAACAUGAACAGCAGGAUAGUCUUCUACGAGGACAGGAACUUCAUGGGCCGCUCCCAUGAGUGCAGCACCGACUGCCCUGACAUGUACUCCUUCCUGAGCCGCUGCCACUCCUGCAAGGUUGAGGGUGGCUGCUUCAUGCUGUAUGACCGCCCCAACUACAUGGGAAACCAGUACUUCAUGAGGAAGGGAGAGUACGCUGACUACCACAUGAUGAGAAUGGCCAACGGUAUGAGGUCCUGCCGCAUGAUCCCUAUGCACAGGGGAUCUUACAGGAUGAAGAUCUACGAGAGAGAGAGCUUCGGCGGUCAGAGCCACGAGAUCAUGGAGGACUGUGACAACAUCAUGGAUCGUUACCGCAUGUCCAGCUGUAUGUCCUGCAACAUCCAGGACGGCCACUGGCUCAUGUAUGAGAUGCCCCACUUCAGAGGCAGGAUGAUGUUCAUGAGGCCUGGAGAGUACAGGCACUUCAGCAUGGGUAUGGGAAGCAUGGGUGGCAUGGGCGGCAUGGGUGGCAUGAGGUUCCAGAGCAUGAGGCGUAUCAACGAGUCCUGGUACUAGAUGCUGCUCUUUACAAUGAUGUAAAUGAGACAAGCCAUUGAAUAAAAAUAUUUAAAUAAAACAUUUUAAAAGUUA